AAUUCACUUUUGCAUUUUAAAAGUAUUAAAAAAAAAUAAAAGAGUUAUUUAGGGUAUGUGGGAUAAUGAUGCUCUGAUGGAUUGAUAUAAGAGCCACCCAUGUCCGAGAAAAAUAAGUAAUACCCUAAUCCCAUUGAAACAGAGAAAGAGGAAAAUGGUUUUCUUGCCAGAUGAUCUCUGUGCAACAAUAUUAUCGAGACUACCGAUAAAAGUCUUCACAAGUUUUAAACUGGUUUGCAAGCAAUGGAACUCAGUCAUUGAGUCUCAGAUUUUCCGCGAUCUUUUCAUAUCUCAACACCAAAACACUCAAUCUUCUUCAUGGUCGCUCAUUAAAGGUGCAUCUAAUAGGACAGAGUUCUUGGCUCACUACAGAUGCAAAACUUGGGGACUUGAACGGUCUCUAGAGUCUUACAUCUCCUCUUUCAUUAGCCACAAGUUCGAGAACCAGAGAGGAAAGUACCGACGAGGCAGCGUCGUGGCUUACAGCGAUGCAGGGUUUGUUUUGAUCGACGUAUCGUCUUACAGAUAUUCUGGGUCGACUUUCGAGAAACGAUCCUUGUGCGUGGCUAAUCCAGUUUCACAGGAAUGCAUUGAAAUCGAUGUUCCUAAAGCGUUUGAAAAUAGUGGAAUUUUCUGGCCUUUUGGAAUCGCCACGCGAACUGAUAACGGCGUCGUUAUAAGUUAUAAAAUUGUUGCAUAUUCAUCUAAGAGCGAUGUUGGGUACUUCGUAUAUUCAUCUGAGACAGGUUUGUGGAGUUCUCUCCCUUAUAAUUUUGAGAGCUGUGAGUGUAACUAUACAAUUAGCUUGAACGGGAAUCUUCACUGGCUAUCCCACAGUAAUGAUGAACUUGUAUCCAUGGAUUUCAACGCCACUACCAUGGAAUCUGGUCCGUUCCGUUACACAGCUUUCCCUGAUUUAGAGAAACGUGUCAAAUUCAAAAGAGCUUGCACAACUUAUCAAGGAAGUCUCAUGUAUAUGAACAUAGUCUCCCAAGACAAUGAUGAUGGAAGUGUAGACCAUAAGUUAUGUGUAUGGCGGCUCGAGAGCUGGGAGUGGCAACUAAUAUCUGAAAUCUCUACGGAUUUGACUGAGACCUACUUCGAUUAUUUUCCGUUGAGAGUUGACUCUCUUGAUGCUACAACUGCCUACUUUCUUAGCCAGAAGCACCAACGUCUUAUAGCUUUUAACUUACGCAAUGGUGCGUGUUUGCUCCGUGCGUGUUUGCUCCACAGCGGUGGGCCCAUUCUGAGAUUUCUUCACCACCCGAAUGGAUCUUAUUUUUACUCAUUCGUUCUCCCACAAUGGCUGUAUCGGUUACCCAGGCAGCACGGCGAGAAGAGUGUAGACAUUAUUUAAGAGCCUGAAUAAUUGUUUCCUAAGGUUUUUUAAUUAUUAUUACUGUUAGUUCUUUAUAUAAGAUGGUGCUUUUUUUA